AUGGGCAGUAUUACGUUGUCAACAGCUGCUAUCUGCGGAUCUAAUAACCCUUCUUUAAAGUCAAGAUCGCAGAAAUGUUCAUUGAAAAGCACGGGCGGAUAUGUGUGCGUGCCGGCAACUUUCGAUUACUAUUCCGAGCACAGUAACUUCGGGAAUACGUUGAAAUUCGACUCGAUUUAUAUUCAACAAUCGGCUAGUUUUCCAUGUCUGUCCUGUCACUACAAACUAGGAGAAAAUUACGUAAAUAUAUUUAUGCAGAUUUGGCGUAGGGAUGUGGCGACCCCACCGCCCAGAGGGCCACCUCUGCAAACAGCCAACCCGGUUGGGGGUUGUACUGUAGGCCAGCAACCUACAUAUGGAAAAACUUUAUACGCUGCGAAUCAAACACUUUUGCCUCGGAGACGGACGGAUAACCAGGAUAAUCGACCUAGGCUACGAAAUAAGGAUAUUCUAUUAGGCACAUGGAACGUUUUAAGCUGGUUUAGACCAGGAAUAGCUACAAGAGCGAUCGAUCAAUUGGAAAGGUACCGGAUGGACAUUACUGCCAUUCAGGAGAUUAGAUGGCUAGGCACAGGCAGUGUACAAAUGCAGAACUCUUUAGUGUUUUGGUCAGGGUCUGAAAAUAUACAUGAAUUCGGAUGUGGUUUUGUUGUAAGCAAAAAAUAUCGAACGGCUAUUAUAGCAUUUAAGCCGGUGAACAACAGAAUAUGCAAACUCAGAGUGAAAGGAAGGUGGCACAACGUAACUAUGUUCUCAGUACAUGCCCCGACGAAUGAAGCAGAAGGUGAAAAGAAAGACGAAUUCUACGAGAUGUUAGAACAGGAAUAUCGAGCAGCUCCCAGGAACGACAUAAAAAUCAUAAUGGGGGACCUCAACGCCCAGCUAGGAAAGGAAGACCAUCUGAGAUGUGUAGUGGGAAGACAUAGUUUACACAACGUAACAAACGAUAAUGGGGACAGAUUGGCAGACUUCGCAAUAGCAAUGAACAUGUCGGUUAGGAGCACUCAAUUCCAAAGAAAGAACAUCCAUAAAAUAACAUGGGUAUCCAACGAUGGAGUAACGCAAAACCAAAUUGACCACGUCCUGAUAGAUGGUCGUUUUUCCAGUAAUAUUGAAGAUGUCAGAAGCAUGCGGGGGGCAGAUAGUGACUCAGAUCAUUUCUUAGUAAGAUCCAAAUUGAAAGAGAAACUGUCCACCAAAAGAUCAAGCACGAAAGAAACGAGGAAAAAAUGGGACAUAAACAAAUUUACAAGACUUCAAAAGGUACAAGAAUAUAAAGAAGCAAUUAGGAACAAAAUGCAAAUGCUACAAACUGAAACUACUGAAGAAAAUGUUGAAGUCGAAUGGCAACAAUUAAAGACAAUAGUAAGAGAAGCAGCUAGUGAAACUAUAGGAACAACAACAGGGAGUCAGAAAAAUGGAUGGUACGACCAAGAAUGUAAAAAUAUAUUGGAUGAGAAGACUAGAAAAAGAAUGACUUUUUUGGAGAACCCCACGAAUGAAAACAAGGAGAUAUUUAAUAUAGCACGUGCCAAAGCCAGAAGACUACUGAGAAAGAAGAAAAAGGAACAUUUGGAGGAAAGAGUAAGAAGAAUAGAGGAAAACAACACGAACAACCAAGUAAGAGAAUUUUAUAGAGGAAUAAGAAUCGGAAAAACAGGACAGACGAUAAGAGAACUAAAUUUUGUAGAAGAUAGCACCGGAAGACUACUGACGUCGGAGGAUGAUAUAAUUCAAAGAUGGGGGCAAUAUUUCUCUGAACUGCUUAAUAGAUAA